AUGGUCCACCUAUCCAGAGUGAAAAGGGGCAAGCAGGCCCAAAAGCCUCAACAGCAGCAAGACCAAGGCGAAAGUGCGGCGAACCCGUACGUGUAUGGAACUCAUUAUGCCGCCGAGGAGCUGCCGGAGCAUGUCAUGGCCGAGCGGGAGAUGCCCGCCGACGUGGCGCUCCGCUUGAUCAAGGAUGAAUUGAGCUUGGAUGGAAACCCUCUGCUCAAGUGCGCUUCUUUUCCUUCCUUGGAAGAUGAAGCGCAAAACCUCAUGACCGAGGCGAUGAGCAAGAACUUCAUCGAUUUCGAGGAAUACCCCCAGACCGCACACAUCCAAAACCGCUGCAUUAAUAUGAUCGCGAAUUUACUGAACGCGCCCGUCACCGAAGGCAAUGGGGACCAGGAUUGCCUCGGGACGUCCACGAUCGGAUCGUCGGAAGCGAUUAUGCUGGCGACGCUGGCCAUGAAGAAACGCUGGCAGAACAAGCGCAAGGCCGAGGGGAAAGACUGGACGCGCCCGAACAUCGUCAUGAACAGUGCGGUGCAGGUGUGUUGGGAAAAGGCCGCGAGGUACUUUGACGUCGAGGAGAAGUACGUCUAUUGCACCGAUACACGAUACGUGAUCGACCCGAAGGCUGCGGUGGAUCUGGUGGACGAGAAUACCAUCGGCAUCUGUGCGAUCAUGGGCACAACCUACACGGGAGAGUAUGAAGACGUCAAGGGGAUCAACGACCUGCUCAAAGCGAAGAAUAUCGACUGCCCGAUCCACGUCGACGCAGCGAGUGGCGGCUUUGUGGCGCCGUUCGUCAGGCCGGAGCUGGAGUGGGAUUUCCGCUUGGAGAAAGUCGUGUCGAUUAAUGUCUCGGGACACAAAUAUGGAUUGGUCUACCCUGGCGUCGGUUGGGUCUUCUGGCGCUCUCCUGAAUACCUCCCCGAAGAGCUCAUCUUCAACGUGAACUAUCUCGGCGCCAACCAGGCCACGUUUACAUUGAACUUUUCCAAGGGUGCCUCCCAUGUUAUCGGCCAAUACUACCAGCUGAUCCGACUGGGCAAGCAUGGAUAUCGAUCCAUCAUGAACAACCUGACAAAGAUAUCGGACUACUUCGCAGACGAGAUUAAGAACCUUGGAUUCCUGAUCAUGAGCGAAGGCAACGGUCGCGGCCUACCCCUCGUUGCGUUUAGAUUGAAGCCCGAUGACGACCGCCUAUAUGAUGAAUUUGCUUUGGCUCAUGUUCUUCGAGAGCGCGGAUGGGUAAUUCCGGCAUAUACCAUGGCUCCACAUAGCAACCAGUUGAAGAUGAUGCGUGUUGUCCUCCGAGAGGACUUCACCAUGCAUCGGUGUAAUAUCCUACUGGAGGACAUCAAGGCCGCAGUGAAGUCAUUGGAAGAGAUGGACGCCGAGAUGAUCAAGAAAUACAUGCUGCAUCUUAAGGCGCACAGCGACAGGAAACUGCCGCAACAGCAUGCACAUUACAAGCACGAAAAGCACUCAUUGCAGGGUAGACAUGGGAAGACGCACAGUGUAUGUUGA